CAGCUCUACUUUUUUCGCUCUUCGAAGAGGUCGGCCAUGGCGAUUCACAAACGAUUACCAAAUUUUGUCUCUCUGAUUCUCCUCUCUCUCUUCGCCAUCGCCUCUGCUGAGGUUUUCUUCGAAGAACGCUUCGAAGAUGGAUGGGAAAGUCGGUGGGUAAAAUCUGACUGGAAGAAAGAUGAGAACAUGGCUGGGGAAUGGAACUACACUUCUGGAAAAUGGAAUGGAGAUCCUAAUGACAAAGGUAUUCAAACCAGCGAAGACUACCGGUUCUAUGCCAUUUCGGCUGAGUUCCCUGAAGUUAACAACAAGGACAAGACUCUAGUCUUCCAAUUUUCUGUGAAGCAUGAGCAAAAGCUUGACUGUGGUGGUGGCUACAUGAAGUUGCUCAGUGGUGACAUUGACCAGAAAAAAUUUGGUGGUGAUACCCCAUACAGCAUCAUGUUUGGGCCUGAUAUCUGUGGCUACAGCACCAAGAAAGUACAUGCUAUUCUUACCUACAACGGGACAAACCACUUGAUCAAAAAGGAAGUUCCUUGUGAGACUGACCAACUCACUCAUGUUUAUACAUUCAUUCUUCGACCAGAUGCUACCUACAGUAUCCUUAUUGACAAUGUUGAGAAACAAACUGGUAGCUUGUACUCUGAUUGGGAUCUUCUCCCACCAAAGAAGAUCAAGGAUCCUGAGGCCAAGAAGCCUGAAGAUUGGGAUGACAAGGAAUACAUCCCUGAUCCUGAAGACAAAAAGGCAGAGGGUUAUGAUGACAUUCCCAAAGAAAUUACUGAUCCCGAGGCUAAGAAGCCCGAAGAUUGGGAUGAUGAGGAAGAUGGUGAAUGGACAGCACCAACAAUUCCCAACCCUGAGUACAAGGGCCCAUGGAAGCCAAAGAAAAUCAAGAACCCCAACUACAAGGGCAAGUGGAAGGCACCAAUGAUUGACAAUCCAGAUUUCAAGGAUGAUCCAGAUCUCUAUGUUUUCCCUAACUUGAAGUAUGUUGGUAUUGAGUUGUGGCAGGUGAAAUCUGGAACAAUGUUUGAUAACAUCUUAGUUGCCGAUGACGUAGAGUAUGCCAAGAAAGUAGCUGAAGAAACAUGGGGCAAGCAGAAGGAUGCUGAGAAGGCAGCAUUUGAGGAGGCUGAGAAAAAGGAGGAGGAGGAAUCAAAGGAUGACUCAGUUGAUUCUGAUGCUGAGGAUGAAGAUGAUGAUGUCGAUGACGCUGAAGGACACGAGUCUGAUUCUGAUACCAAAUCAGACGAUGAGGCCAAGGAAGAUUUACAUGAUGAGCUGUAGGGCAAUUGAUCACUGCUAUUUUUCGCUGACAAUUUGGUUUGGAGAUAAAACCACUCUUGGCACUCUUAAAUUUUCCAGUACCGCCCCCCCCCCCCACCAAAAAAAAAAUAAGGGAAUUGUAGUUUUAGGAGUUUCCAGUUAGAGGAAAAGGGAAUUGAAUGCUUCAUGCAAAUGAACUUUGACUGAUGCUUCCCAAAAUAUGAUUUACCUUUUUUUUCCUUUC